ACAACUAAAAGUCAAAACUUCAAGAUAACAGAUUAAUCCAGAUGUUGAAAGGCUUCCUCUUUGUUUGGCUUAUUGCUUUUUCUUUAGCAACAAUAGCUGUUGCACAAAACAACCAAACAGGAUUCAUAAGCCUAGAUUGUGGAAUACCAGCACGUUCAAACUAUACAGAUAUAACAACAGGACUAUUUUACACUUCAGAUGUAGGUUAUGUCAGUGGUGGGGUGAAAAAUAACAUAUCAUCAAAAUACCAAUCCAAUUCCCUAGAAAGACAAUUUCUCACAGUUACAAGCUUUCCAACAGGGACCAAAAAUUGCUACACUUUGACUCCAGCUCAAGGAAACUCUGGCAGAUACUUGAUAAGGGCAAGUUUUUUCUACGGAGAUUAUGAUAAUGGAAAUGAUCGAUUCCCCUAUUUUGAUCUUUACAUUGAAGAAAAAUAUUGGAUCACAAUCUCAAUUUAUAAUGCUUCUAUACCAAUUCAAGAGGAAAUUAUACACACCCCUUCUAAUGCCUCUAUAAAUAUUUGCCUUGUCAAGUUAGAUACAACAACUCCUUUCAUUUCAGCCUUAGAGUUAAGGCCUUUGAAUAAUACCAUAUACAAAGCAAUACUCAACAGUUCAAUGGAACUUUUUAUCCGUCUUGACUUUGGUUCCUUAACCAAUCAGUACGUUAGGUACAGCAAUGAUGCAUGGGAUAGAGUUUGGAGACCAUUUCAAUUGCCGGGGACAUUAAUUAUUAAUACAACAGAAGAAAUACUUCAGAACACUUUCCAAUUACCAUUGUCAGUAAUGAGCACGGCGUUGAUACCUGAUCCGGAGACUGAUCCCAGUCCCGAUACCUUGACCUUUUUCUGGUACUCUACUAAUGCCACGGACAAGUACUACUUAUACUUUCACUUUGCUGAAGUUGUUAAAUUAUCAGAGACAGAGACGAGGGAAUUUAGUAUUUAUGUCAAUGACAACCUUUAUUAUGGACCUCUGUCUCCUGCCUAUUUGUCCACGACCACAGUGUACACAGUGAAUCCAGGCAGUGGUAUCGAGAGGUACGAUGUGUUGAUUAACAAAACUGAGAGUUCAACUCUUCCGCCACUCAUUAAUGCUAUCGAAAUAUUUAGAGAGCUAAGAGGAUAUAAACCGGAUACUUAAGAUAGAGAACCGAAAAUGAAUCAGCAUCUGACCAUGGGGUGGAGUGAAAUAAAGUGAAUUAUUCAUCAAGGAAAUUGAAGGUCGAGAUGGAGAACUUUUGGGUGUGCGUGUUGUUGUUGUACAUUUCGUUGAAUUUACUCAUCUAUGUGGAUGAAAGCUAGUUCAAUUAAGGCUAAUUUUGAGUUUUACUGUACAGUUUGUUGAAUUUACUUAUCUAUGUUCCACUCCUUUUAUUAUUUCUGAGAUUCAACAAAUUUCAAUGUUGAAAAAUAGAACAUAUGGCUCCUGUUGAUCCUC